AUUUUGAAACAAAUAAUUAAAUAACUCCAAAAUAGUAAAUAAAUACCUUUUCUGAAGCGGAGUUGAAAAGGACCCACCUACAAUUUCGAAAACCUAAGCUGAAGCGCCAAAACUCAAAACCCCCCUCAAGUAACAACGCUUUUGUCCUCUUUCUCUCUCUAACACUCUCACACUAUCACUCUCACUCUAACUUUCUCUCACACACACUGGCCCCGUUCUUUGUGCGUGCGUACGGACGGUGCUUGUAGCGUUGCUGCAUCACAGUAUUACUCUUCCGUGAAGGUGGAAAAAUGGUUGGCUUCUUAUGACAGCCGUCGCGAAUGGGAGCUUAGAAAUUGAUGCUGGGGUAAAUUUUGACUGAAGGGAGUUCAGUUUCACUGUCUAAAUAAGAUGAAGACACAUGUAAAUACGGUGAAAGGAAAAGCAAUGUCGAAAAUGAGUAAUAAGCAAGCUGUUUUUGAGCUGAAGCAGCAUGUGGUUCUUGCACUGAGCAAGCUUGCAGAUAGGGACACUUGUCAACUCGGGGUAGAAGAGCUCGAGAAAACAAUCGAAUGCUUGACGCCGGAUGGAAUUGCCCCGUUUCUGUCUUGCAUAUUAGACACGGAUACUGAGAAGAAAAGUGCAGUUCGCAAAGAGUGUGUUCGCCUAAUGGGUACACUUGCAACUUUCCAUGAAAGUCUUGUUGGACCACAUCUUGGGAAGAUGGUGGCUAGCAUUGUCAAGCGGCUAAAGGACUCGGAUUCUGUCGUAAGAGAUGCAUGUGUAGAAACAUUUGGUGUCUUGGCUUCAAAAUUGAGCAGUAGCGGUAGAUUCGAGGCUGAUGGGGUUUUUGUGGUGCUAGUGAGGCCGCUUUUUGAAGCCCUGGGUGAGCAGAACAAGCAAGUGCAGUCUGGUUCUGCAAUGUGUUUGUCGCAGGUCAUUGACAAUAUCCACGACCCUCCUCCUAUGGUUUUGCAGAAGAUGUUGGCAAAAACUAACAAGUUGUUGAAGAAUCCCCAUUUCAUGGCAAAGCCGGCAGUCGUUGAGUUAAACAGGAGCAUCAUUCUGGCUGGUGGUACUUUAACGCACAGUUCUUUAACUGCUGCACUCACAAGCAUUCAGGAAUCACUGAAGAGCAGUGACUGGGCAACACGUAAAGCUGCAUGUGCAGCAUUGGGAGAUAUUGCUUCUUGCAGUGCAGCAUGCCUAGGCUCGUAUCGUGCAUCAUGUAUCCGUGGUCUUGAAACAUGUCGGUUCGACAAGGUGAAACCAGUUAGGGACAUAGCUUUGCAGGCCUUGCAGCUUUGGAGAAAUAUUCCUGGGCCUGAUACACCCGAACCUUCUGAAACUGGAUCUUCUAUCAAAGGAACAUCUUAUAGAGAUGACUAUGGUGAUAUUUCUAGUGCCAGUGUCUCAACAUUGAAGGAUAAUACAGCGAUGAGAUAUGGUAGUGAAUUGGCUAAGAAAAGGGUUCCUCUCUCUUCUGGAAAAGCUGGAAGAACUUAUUCCGGGAAAUCUCAGCAUUCCGGAACUACUAACUGGAAAAUUGAAAUUGCAGUUCCAAAGAGUCGUAACAUCUCAGUAGCAGAGAAUCAUAAUGAUGAAUCCGAGGAUAGUUCUCUUAUCAAGAGAUGCGAGAGAAUAAAUUCUGAUGUCAGAGGUUGUAGCAAUAUUGGAUAUGAAUAUGGUGAAGUGGAGGACAAACAAGAAUGCUCGUCUGUUUCUAAUCUUUUCACUGAAUGCAUGAAAUCGGAGGUUGUCAUGACCCAUUCUGAUGGUUUCGAUGAUUCCAGUUUAGUGAAGUCAACUGGAACUAGUCAAAGAUUUGCAGCGGAUGAAGUUAGUAUUGAAGAGCAGAGAUACUUGGCGAAAAUGCAUGACCGUAGAAGCUUAGAUUCAACUAUUACAGAAUCAACUUUGCGCACCACGAAUGAGUGUUGUUCACAAACAGAAAAAGACAUGAUGGUAAUCAAAAAGCACCUUUUGGAGAUUGAAAACAAGCAAUCUAGUUUGGUGGAUAUGCUGAAGGCAUUUACGACUUCAAUGAUGGAUAGUGUGUCAAUGGUUCAGUCAAAGGUCUCAAACCUUGAACUUGUGGUUGACAAAAUGGCACAAGAGCUUGCUAAUGGUGGGAGAUAUUCAGAUACAUCGGCAACUAGACUUCUGAAGAGAAGUCCAAGCAUUGCUUCCCCUAGGCUUUCUACAUGUACUCCAAGGCUGUCUGUCGAUAGCAACAAGCAACUUCCGUUACCAAGUAAACAUGCAGCAGGUCGAGAGGAGAACACAUUUACCAGAAACAGAUCAAACAUCUUUGCGAAACAAAACUCCGACAUGUGGAGUGAUGGCACGCUUAAGCCAAGCAAAAGUUCUCUAGGAAACAGAGCUCCGACAAACUAUUGCCCAGAAAUUUACGAAGAUCAAAUGAGCAAAAAUGGCGUGUUUUAUUCGGUUCCUCCUGCUAAGUCAAGGCUAAAUAAACUGGAGCCUAGGGAUAGCCAGUGGGAAGUUAUGAAAGACUAUUUGUGCGACGGGGAUCUGGACUCGGCAUAUGCUCAAGCUCUGUGUUCGAGGAAUGAACUUCUUUUAUUUGAGCUUCUAGAUAAAACAGGCCCUGUUCUGGAAAGUUUAUCAGACAAGACUGCGAGUGAACUAUUAAGCAACUUGGUCUCACGCUUAAUGGAGCAAAGAUUCGUCAACUCCAUAAUUCCUUGGCUGCAGCAGCUUGUUGGUCUGACUAACAUCCACGGACCGACUUACCUGGUACUCUCCGCAAAAGCAAAGCGAGACCUUCUAUACACAAUCCCGGAAGCCGCUAAGUUGGACGUUUUUAACCCUCCCGAGAGAAAAUGCCUUGCUGAGAUUGCCAAAACCUUACGCCAGUUCUGGGGAAACGGAUCUUGCUAGCCUGGAUGCAAUGAAUCUACUUUACAUGGGGAAAAAAAGAAGAUGAAAAACGAGUAAUUGAUGUCUCGAUUCGAUAAGUGUUUGUCUCCUAAUGCUGGUCUAUAUGACUAACUUCAGUUGUUAAAACUGUUAAAAGAUGAAUCAGUACUGUAUCAGUGUAAUUGUGCACCACCUUUUCUCCUUUCUAUAUUCCCCUUUCAAUUAGAGAACACUCAUUUUUUUUCAAA